AUGAGAUAUAAUGACAAAGCUGUCAUUGGGUUUCUGGUCUUCCUCAUCAUCCUCACGUCUGUGGCUCUACUUUUUGUCAUCUACAAGAUCUACAUUUUGAAACGCAGAAACUCCCAAGCAGAGGUCCUGCUGGAAACCUACAAGAGGAAGCUCGCUGAUGAGGGGAGACUUUUCCUGGCUGAGUUUCAGAGCAUCCCAAGAAUUUUCUCACGAUACACGGUGAAAGAGGCCAAGAAGUCCUGCAAUUCUGUCAAGAACCGCUACGUGGACAUUCUGCCCUAUGAUUAUAACCGCGUCCAGCUAACCACAGGAAACGGAGAGCCAGGAUGCGACUACAUCAACGCCAGCUUCGUUGACGGAUUCAAAGAGUCCAAAAAGUACAUCGCAGCUCAAGGACCAAAGGAAGAAACUAUAAAUGACUUCUGGAGGAUGAUCUGGGAACAGCAGUCCUCAAUUAUCGUCAUGGUAACACGAUGUGAGGAGGGAAACAGGGUCAAGUGUGCUCAGUACUGGCCGUCUCCUGACCGAGAGACUCAGGACAGUGACCCCGACGAAGACGAUGAGGAGGAAGAUUCUUCAGAUGAAGAGGAUGAAGACUCCACUCAAUACAUCAACGCCUCGCACAUCACGGGAUACUGGGGCUGCCGAGCCUUCAUAGUGGCGCAGACCCCACUGGCGGACACCACGGGGGACUUCUGGUCGAUGAUUCACCAGAAGAAAGUUUAUACUGUCAUCAUGCUUUCAGACAGCAGUGAAGGAGACGCGGACGGUAUUUACUGGGACAAAGAGAAGAAGAGCUUUGGGGAGAUUGAGGUGGAAGUGACGAGCACAGACAACUCGCCGAGUUUCAUCAGACGCACCAUGCAGAUCCGCCACGUCAAGAGGAAAGAGAGACGGGAGAUAAACCAUUUCCAGUUCCUGAAGUGGACGAGCAAAGAGGUGCCGGAGAAACCUCAAGACCUCACAGACAUGAUCAAGGACAUCAAGCAAAACUGCGGCACCAGCAGAUGCCAGAGGAACAACCCCAUAGUGGUCCACUGCGAGGAGCAAUACCAGUUUAUAUACGACGCCGUGGAGGCCGCGUUCCCCGUUCAAAACGGGGAAGUGAAACCGGUGCAGGCCUCUGCAGCCGACUCGGUGCAGAUCGUCAACGAGACGAAAGCGGCCGAGCAGAAAGACGAAGGCAAGGCUGAGGAGCCAGCCAGCACUACCAGCAAUGAGCAGCAGGCGGCAGCAGAGAGCACUCCUCUGGUGCCGGACGGAGACAAAGAAGAGAAGAAAGAGGAGGCGGAGAAAGAGGCCCCACCCACGGAGACCACGCCGCUGGACGACACCAGCGACGGUCCCGCUGUCACGGUGGAGGUGUGAGCGUGACGUGACUGUGUCCACUGAUGGGAAGAAGCGCUUCAGUUUUAUGCUUUUUUAAAUUACCUUAUGAAUGUAUAAACAUUGUAAAGCUUUUAGAUUUGUGGAAGAAUUUGACCAAAUAUCUCAUGUCAGUUUCCAAAAUGUUUGAUUUAAAUUAAGUUAUAAAUGUUUCUGGAUGCAAAUGUAAUUUCUCUCUUUUCACAAAGUUUACCAGCACAGCUGUCAUCAAACUGGAGCCUUUACUGGGUAUUUAAAGGCGUCUAACAACUAAAUCUGAAAUAUACAGCAGACGAGUUGUUUUGUCCUCUACGCUGUUAUUUAGUUCAUCUUCUGUUUUCCUCAUUUAUACAUAGUAACAAGCAUUUUUUUGAACAUUUAGUUAAAGUCAGUGUUUUAUGGCACAUUGCGUUUUUUGUUACAGUUGUAUUUAUGCGUUGUAUUUGCUCACUGUCAUCGGCUUUGUUAAGCAUAUCUUUAAAAGAUAAGUAUGUUUCUCACUCAGCUUCUUACUACAGGAACACUGAAAGGUUUGAAGUAUUUGUUUGUAUAUUUCUCCCACUAAUGAAGUUGGAGCAACAUUUGAAUCAACAUUUUUUGGUUGUGCUGGUUUGAGUUUCUUUGAGUCACACCAGUAACGUACUCGUGGAGCAGACUAGGUCAACAGUUUCCUUUUUCGUUUGCAAUAAAUUUACCUGAUGACAUUUUA